UGCACAUAUCAUCCAGGUGUGCCAGUCUUUCAUGAUGCUCUCAAAGGUUGGUCAUGUUGUAAAAGAAGAACAACAGACUUUUCUGACUUCUUAAGCAUUGUGGGCUGUACGAAGGGUCUCCAUAACAGUGAGAAACCUCCUGAGCCUGUUAAACCAGAAGUCAAAACUACCUCUGAACGAAAGGAGCUAGCUGAACUGAAACCCAAGUUUCAAGAACACAUAAUUCAGGCACCAAAACCAUUGGAAACAAUUAAAAGGCCAAGCCCGGAUGAGCCAAUGACAAAUUUGCAGCUGAAAGUGUCAGCUUCCUUGAAGCAAGCAUUAGAUAAACUGAAACUGUCAUCAGAAAACGAAGAGAAAAAAGAGGAAGACAGUGAUGAAAUCAAGAUUGGGACAGCAUGUAAAAAUGCAGGCUGUUCAAAAACAUACGAAGGACCACACAGCACAGAAGAAGUAUGUAUAUACCAUUCUGGUGUACCUAUAUUCCAUGAAGGGAUGAAGUAUUGGAGCUGUUGUAAAAGAAAAACCUCUGACUUCAAUACGUUUUUAGCUCAAGAAGGCUGCACAACAGGAACACACGUAUGGACUAAAAAGGAUGCGAGUAAGAAAGUAGUUCCAUGCAGGCAUGAUUGGCACCAGACUGGAGGAGAAGUGACUAUUUCUGUGUAUGCUAAAAACUCUGUUCCUGAUAUGAGCUAUGUAGAAGCAAAUAGCACAAUGUUAAAUAUCCAUAUUGUAUUUGAAGGAGAAAAGGAAUUUCAUCGCAGUGUGAAAUUAUGGGGAGUAAUUGAUGUAAAGAGGAGUUACGUGAACAUGACGGCUACAAAGAUUGAGCUUACUAUGAGAAAAGCAGAGCCCCUAUUAUGGGCAAGUCUUGAAUUACCUGUAUCCAACACAGAACAAAAAAAAGAGAAUUCAGAUCAAUAAUGAUUCCAAGAGACAAGUUAUUUCCUAUUAUGAAGUGGUGACUUGCUACUGUAAUCAAAUAUUUAACUUUUAUAUAGAUUAAUUUUUUUAACUACUAGAUCACAUGUUCCAUUCUACAAAGAUAUUUGCCACACAGUAAAUGAGGGUGUGAACUUGGAGGGUGAUAUCUUUUUUUGCUCUUGCUCCCAUGAGUAUAUUUAUUGUAGUUGGAGUGUGACCAUGGGAAUUUAGAGUAAAAGAGCUGUUGCCCUAUGCUUACAACCUUACCCACCAUGCACUGACUAUUCCAAAUAGGCGUGUUUUUAGUCCACUGUGUGUGUUAAUUUUUCAAAUGUUCGGUUUAAACUGGGUCUGCUGGGUGGCACAUGUUAAUUUUAGCACUGUUCAUUAUGAAGCAUACAGUAAUACAGAUACAAAAGUCUGAGUUUAUGAAGUGAUUAGAAUGCAAUUCUUCAUCUAGAAUAAAAAAGUCCAUAAACAUAAAUAUGAAAGAAUGCUUGUAGACUUGCAUUUUUGUCUUCUCAAGCUAAGGUUUGUUUCAAUAACUGUUGGCUGUGCAGGGAUGGAAUAAACGGUAUUUUGCUA